ACAACAGCAACAACCCAGCGACGUGUCCAUGUUGUCCUACGAAAAGAAGCGGGAACAAUGCAGGUUCAUAUAUCAUGCUGAAAACUUUAAGAUCGUGUCCAUUCGACGAAGAUUAGUACACCUCCGGGUCUUGACCUUCAUUUUAGAUACAAAGACCUCAAAAGGAAAAAAUCUGGUCAUAGUACAAUCUAAGAAUCUUCCUGGUUCAUCCGUCCAGCUUGACAAUAGGCCCUACAUAGUAGAUUGGCCUUGUUUACUUUGAUCGUAUCGGACACGUCAAAUAUUGGCAGUAAGCAGAAUGAUUGCCGACGCUAACCCAGUAUUUCAAGCAUUUCUUGGAACACUUUUCACAUGGGGGUUGACUGCUGCUGGAGCCGCCCUCGUGUUUGUUUUCAACAGUGGCCAGAGAAAAGUUCUUGAUGGAAGUCUAGGAUUUGCUGCAGGGGUCAUGACAGCAGCCUCAUACUGGUCUUUACUUGCUCCUGCGAUUGAAAUGGCAUCUUCUUCAAAUACUUAUGGUACUGAUGGAAAAUAUUCUUUUGUUCCAGUUAGCAUUGGGUUUUUCCUUGGUGCCUUGUUUGUUUAUGGCUCAGACCAAUUUUUAACAUUUAUGGGUAUAUCGUCACCAAACAUAGCCUUGGCUUUGGAAAAAUCAGAUAAAGAAUUUAAAAAUGAUGGACAAUCUUCCUUAUAUGGUAUGGAUGGCCAGUUAAAUGAUCAAUUAGUAUCAGAAAGCAUAAUAAUAGAACAAGCAAAAGAUUUUUCCCCAUUUGAGGAUGGAGAAUCGACUGUGCAUGCAAGGAAAAGAAACCCCAAGGAGGGCUCAAUGAAUGAGCAAAUAACAGAUGACACUUACGCAGACGAAAUAACACCAGAUGAAAAAAGGAGAAGCUGGAGGAGGAUAUUGCUGCUCAUUGUUGCAAUAACUGUUCAUAAUAUACCUGAAGGACUAGCUGUCGGUGUUGGUUUUGGAAGUAUUGGUAAGUCAAAGCUCUCCACACUGGAGUCUGCAAGAAAUCUUGCGAUUGGCAUUGGCAUUCAGAAUUUUCCAGAAGGAUUGGCAGUUAGUCUCCCGCUUAGAGGUUCCGGUUACUCCGCGCUAAGAAGCUUCUGGUAUGGACAAUUAAGUGGAAUGGUCGAGCCUAUAGCGGGUAUUUUUGGGGCAUUUGCAGUAGUGAUAGCAGAACCUUUACUACCAUACGCUCUUUCAUUUGCUGCUGGUGCCAUGAUCUAUGUCGUUGUUGAUGAUAUCAUUCCAGAGGCCCAGAUGUCCGGAAAUGGCACAUUGGCAAGUUGGGGUUCAGUUGUCGGUUUCAUCGUGAUGAUGUCACUCGAUGUUGGCCUAGGCUAGAAGUACCAAUGGUGUUAUAGCGUGAGGUCUUUAUUUAAUUAACUCUGAUUUUAUUGCAGAUGUUGUAAAGUAAAUAAUAGCAGGAAUAUUAUUAAUGUUAACGCUUUAGAGAUGAAGAAAUUUCUCUGAAUUUUUGUUUUUUUGUUAGGUCUCGCGUGUUCUUAUCCUUUCUUAUAUUUUUGCCAGUGUUGCGUCACUCGUGCCUAGCUCUCCCACUAGUGCGUUAGUUUCAAACUAUGCAGGAUGUAUCAGUCCAGUUGUAGAAAAUUAGUCUUUGCAAGACUAUCACAGCGCUUGCAACCACAUGGUGAAAAACCACUUCUCCUCUUAACCUGAACACCAGCCUCCGUCACGCUUGCGUUAGAAGACAGCUUUCUAUGCAGAAGUUACUCUUAAGGUGGGCAAAUUUAGAAAAAUAACCAAACAGCUUUUUGCACCUUUAGCGUAACUCACGAUAGCGUAUUGGGAUACAAUAUUUAAAAGAACCAAUGGUCAAAGUUUCCGGAAAAAGUCUUAGUUGUGGAAAUUUUCUGAGAGAAAAUGGAUCUAGGAGAUAAUAUAAAGAAAGGGUCCUUUUGCUAUAAGAAAUUCAAACAGGCUAUUUUUUUAAAAAAGUGCAUUACUUGAAAUGAAAUCACUUAUGAGAGGCAUUUGAAUGUAUAAUUUUCAACAUUCCUUUGUGUUAUUAUUUUCCCCCCGAAUUCUUAAAGCAAUAUACAGCUGUUAUUAAACAGUCUGGUUUAAUCGGAAACUCGUCCCAAGUUACCCUUUUAUCCUAUUUUCUGUUGUAAUUGACUUUGUAUUCAACAAAGAGGCACGAUAAAACAUUUUAAGAUUUUCUUAUUCGGAUGAUGCUAAGAACUAUUACAUUAAUGACUCAUUAUUUAGCAAUAUCCUGCUAGUCUAUUCUAGUGAAAUUAUUCGGGAUUAUAAUUUCUAAACAUAAGGGAAAGUGGCAAUCGACCAAAAUGAGGGCCUGUUGAAGUUCCUCUUUGUUAUUCCUGCCUUUUUUUAUACGUGAAAAAUAAUUAAUGGAAAUGAAGAACAUGAACCAGAUAUGAAUGUCAUUACAUUUCCAGACCCUCAGGAUUCGACCUGUGAUUCGAAAUUCCGUCACGUGGACGUCGACAAUAGGUGGGAUUUAUGGGGUGGGCCCCCAGUUUUUUAAAGAAUACACAGUGAACCCCACUGUUUUCAAAGACUUUUUAGUGGAUUUGUGGAACUUGCUGAAAUUUCUGCAAACUUUGUGCUCUUGUAUCGUAUCCUUUCUAAGGUUGCUGAAGUUUCAUCUGCAUAACCAUCACAUUAUUGUUAACGAAUAUCAAACCUCAGGCACGACUCCACUUGGGGGCUGAAGUC